GGCGGGUGCCGGCCCCCCCCACCCCGGAGGGCGAUGGCGCACGGGCCGGGGGCGCUGAUGCUCAAGUGCGUGGUGGUGGGCGACGGGGCGGUGGGCAAGACCUGCCUGCUGAUGAGCUAUGCCAACGACGCCUUCCCCGAGGAGUACGUGCCCACCGUCUUCGACCACUACGCAGUCAGCGUCACCGUCGGGGGCGAGCAGUACCUGUUGGGACUGUACGACACGGCCGGACAGAUGAGGGGACUGAGGCACAGAGACGUGAAGCGACUUGCCCCACGGACAGGUGGUGGAGCUGGGAUUAGAACCCAGACCCGUGCUACGUCAACCGGAUGGACGGGGCCUACUAAUGUGAGCCAAAGAAGGCAUGCUCCUUGGAAAAGGGCGCAACUCCAGGAAGACUACGACCGCUUAAGACCGCUCUCUUACCCCAUGACCGACGUCUUCCUCAUCUGCUUCUCGGUGGUGAGCCGGGCCUCCUUUCAGAACGUGAAGGAGGAAUGGGUGCCGGAGUUAAAGGAGUACUCGCCCAACGUUCCCUUUCUCUUAAUAGGGACCCAGAUCGAUCUCCGGGACGACCCGAAAACCCUAGCGCGACUGAACGAUAUGAAGGAGAAACCGGUCUGCGUGGAGCAAGGACAGAAGCUGGCCAAGGAGAUAGGCGCGUGCUGCUACGUGGAAUGUUCCGCUUUAACGCAGAAGGGCUUGAAGACUGUUUUCGACGAGGCUAUCAUAGCCAUUUUAACUCCAAAGAAACACACGGUGAAAAAGCGGCUGGGCUCCAGGUGCAUAAACUGCUGCCUGAUCACGUGAGGCCCGGCCCGCCGGCCCGCGCCCCGGUCACUCUUAGCGGAAAGGCUCCGGGUCCCCGUCCGCUCGAGGUCCGACCGCCCCCCUCGCCCCCCGCCGAACCCCGGUCGUCCCCCUGCCCUACCAGGAAGUCGCCCCCGAGACCGCCGGGUGCGAGGAGUGCUUUGCUGGGGCCGGAAGGUACGCUCGCCGGGGGUCUCCGGGGAAGCCGCGGCCGCGCGGUCUCUCCGGGGUCGGCCCCCUCCCCCCCCGGCUACCUGCCCUUGCGCGUGAGUCGCUGCCGGUUCCGGUAGAUCCACAGCGGGGAGACCAGGAGGCCGGCCGCGUAGCCCGAGGUGGCUCCCAGGGUGCAGGAGAUGGGCCAGACCUGAGGAGAGAACGUCCGGAGAGGAAGUGAGGGACGCUUCGCUGGGGAUGCCGGACGAGCACGAGGCGGCCGCCGUCGCGGCCUCUCGGCCUCCCGACCCGGCGGGCCCUCCUCGAGGACGGACAGGUAGAGGAGCCCGAGGGCCGUCACCCUGGACGCCCCUCCGGCGCGAGGGGCCGGGCACCCGGCGAUCGGACUCGGCGGACGGCCCCGAGGGCCCGGACGCGGCCUCGGACCCGGGGAGGGGGCCGGGGUCGCGUCGCCCCGGAGCCUCCUCGUCCCGCUCCGGCCCGGUCCCCGGGGCCCGCCGCCCCGGGAGUCUUGCCGGCCCUCCGGGUCCUUGUUGGGAGAGGGGUCCUAGGGAGGCGUUAUCCGUUUUACGGGCAGACGGACGGAAGGGAGGAGCCGACGCGGGGAGAAAUAGGCCCGGGAGCGUGGGGCGCGGGGGGAGGGCCGGAACGGGACAGGUGGCAUCGGGGCGGCUUUGGGUGGUCCCGGCUGCUUUCGACUCCCCCUUAUCCGGUCCCGAGGGCGGGGACUGCAACGGAGACGGGCCAAGAGGGGCGUCGCCGGAUCGCGGCCUGGGGGUCUCCCGGGGGCCGGGGCCCACCCGCGAGCGGCAGCGCAGCGGGGCGGUUUUUCACUCUCGGGACGGGCGGGGAACGCGGGCGGCCCGACCCCGACGUCCGGCCGGAGGCUUGAGACCCGCCUGCGUGGCUGAUCCGUUUUCCUUCCGGCCCCGCGCCACGCCUCGGUGGCGAUCUCCCCCCGCUCCCCGCCCCCUGCCGCAAAAACCCCACAAAAAACCAGGGCCACAAAGGGAUGGUGCCGGCUCGGAGGGCUUUCAACCUCCGGGAGUCAAAAGAGAUGUCGGUUUUGACGAGGGAGCGUCCGAGGUCCAAAACCCAAGCUAGCCCCGGUGCGGUCCUGAGCCCCGGAGUCUGAGAGGACUUCGGGGCCGGGGCCCGCCUCUCCGCCGACCAGUUCGGGCCGCCCCGGGCCGUCUCCGCGCCCUCGAGGGGCACCGGCGUCUUACCCUUCCGAGAGCUUUGAGGAAAAAUCUCCUUCGGCUCCCAGAGGGGAUGGGCUUUCGUCCCGCCGUCGGGCCCCAGAGGGCGGGCCCCGCUCGGCCUCUACCCUUCUUGAGGCCGGCGCUUCCCGGGGGAGGUUUUCGGCCGGGGGACCCGCCGAAGGGUGGGGCUCCCGUCCUCGGGGUCCCCCGCAGCUUGAGUUUCCCGUCGAUCCUCGGGCGCGGGACGUUAUAUAUAAAUAAAGUUAUUUUUGUAUCGGG